CAGUCGUGGGUCUACAUUCAACACUGGUAGUCGCCGCCGCAACGAAUGGAGGCUAACGGGUGGAAGACACAUCAUCAAGGAAUUGUUUCGCUAUCAACAUAGCUUCCCCCCCGAAAGCAAGGAGGAUUUUUUAAACCGAAAAUAUUUCACCGGACAGAAGAAACACUAUUUUUUUUUUAAAAGUCGAUUCGCUUCCCCUUCCCCGCCCGCCCCCGCCCCCCGAACAGAUCAAUUGCCUGUCAUUUAAAAAAAAAAGGGCGUGUGUGUGUGUGUGUGUGCGGGGUGAAGGCAGUUUUAACCAUUUAAUGUGGGUAUAUAUGGUGUUUUAGAUUUUUGUUUUUGUACACACACCGUCUUGGGGGUCUGAAGGACACACAGUCGAGGAUGGGAUGCACACUGAGCACGGAGGACAAGGCGGCGGUGGAGCGCAGCAAAAUGAUCGACAGGAAUCUGCGGGACGACGGGGAGAAGGCAGCCAGGGAGGUCAAGCUGCUGCUGCUCGGUGCCGGUGAAUCAGGGAAAAGUACGAUUGUCAAGCAGAUGAAGAUCAUCCACGAGGCGGGCUACUCAGAAGAGGAAUGUAAGCAGUACAAGGCUGUGGUCUACAGCAACACCAUCCAGUCCAUCAUCGCCAUCAUCAGAGCCAUGGGGCGCCUCAAGAUCGACUUUGGCGAUGCUGCAAGAGCUGACGACGCACGGCAGCUGUUUGUGCUGGCGGGCUCAGCGGAGGAAGGCUUCAUGACGGGAGAGCUGGCCGGUGUCAUUAAGCGGCUGUGGAAGGACGGAGGUGUACAAGCCUGCUUCAGCCGCUCCCGCGAAUAUCAGCUCAACGACUCGGCAGCAUACUACUUGAACGAUUUGGACAGGAUAUCCCAGGCCACCUACAUCCCAACUCAGCAGGAUGUCCUGAGGACCAGAGUCAAGACCACAGGCAUUGUGGAGACGCACUUCACAUUCAAGGACCUGCACUUCAAAAUGUUUGAUGUUGGCGGCCAGCGGUCUGAGAGGAAGAAGUGGAUCCAUUGCUUUGAGGGCGUGACCGCCAUCAUCUUCUGCGUGGCCCUCAGCGACUAUGAUCUGGUGCUGGCUGAGGACGAGGAGAUGAACCGGAUGCACGAGAGUAUGAAGCUGUUCGACAGCAUCUGCAACAACAAGUGGUUCACAGACACCUCCAUCAUCCUCUUCCUCAACAAGAAGGACCUGUUUGAGGAGAAGAUCAAGAAGAGUCCUCUCACCAUCUGCUACCCGGAAUAUGCUGGCUCCAACACGUACGAGGAAGCAGCUGCCUACAUUCAGUGUCAGUUCGAGGACCUGAACAAGAGGAAGGACACCAAGGAGAUUUACACCCACUUCACCUGCGCCACAGACACCAAGAAUGUGCAGUUCGUCUUUGACGCCGUCACCGACGUCAUCAUCAAGAACAACCUGAAAGACUGUGGUCUCUUCUGAGGACAAUGACAGUGAAGAUGACAACCUUUUUUUCUUGGCAGUGGAGCCAGUUUAUUGUGGCAUCUUUGGUGGGGAAGAUGAGAAGAGUCGGGAGGAUCAGUCACGGACCAGUGCUGUACUAUAUGCCACUUUUAACAGCUUUAUUUAUGUUUUUGUCUUGGAACAUUUAAAACUAGCGUUACAGCAUUUGUGUAGGAUGUUUGUAUCAUUGUAAAAGCGUCACCGCAAGACUUUUCUGCACAUUUUUAUUUAAAUUUACUUUGUAUUUUGUUUUUAAUUUUGAGAUUUAUGCUGUUCCUUCUGCCGCUGUCUCUGGAAAAGGAAACUUCGCUAUUGGUGGAAAAUGCUCCUUUUCUUCCUUCCCUACAACCAAAAGGGAAGAAAAGGGGUACAACAUUGAGUCCAGUUUGUUGGUACUUGUGCCUUCGCAUGCCUUUUAUUGCGGUCGUAGUCCCAAUGCUUGUUCUGUUGCCUGCUGAAUUGUUCUAAACAUUAAGAGGUAAACUGUUUUCAUAUGUUAGUGUCCAUGCUAUCUUCUAUGUGCACACCACUGAGCUAUCGGGAGGAGGAAGAUUUCCCUCUGGUCUAAAGGUACAUGGGUCUCCAUGGUGACCCACAUGUAGCCUCCACAGUCCCCUACCCACAUCCUCCCCCCACCCGCCAUGACAAUGGAAGGCCUACUGGCCGAUCACGCAGUACAAUACUGAGAUGUAUAUUGUUACAUUCACCCCAAAGAUCUGGGGUUCUGGUUUUUAAACAGUGUACAAAAUAUCCAUUCUUCCCAACCAUUCGGAAAAUGGUAAGUUGAGGCAUUGAGCUCAUAAUACACUCAAGUGUUUAAAGUACAAAGACCAGAGUAGGCACAUUUUAAUGUAUAUUUUAAUGUAUUUGGAGGAGAGUUUUGGGAGUUUUUGGUGUUAAGGAGAGGAAAAACUGAACCACAGAAAACAUGGUUGUAAAGGUGAGGAUGACGUCUGAAAUGUUUUAAGGUUCAGACAUCGUUCUUGGAUCCUGUCUAAUGAUGGUUUAAGAGUAGAGGCGCUGCUACAGGAUCCACGACGCCUUUCAUUCAGGUGAUGGAAACUUAAGAUGGUCAAGGAGCCUGGUCUGUGAUGUUAGAUCAGUACUACUUUGCCAAGAUGAGUGAUGAAUACGGUCCUGGGUCUGUUCAUAUAAGGAAACUGCCACAACUGUCAUUGUAUGUGUAUGUUCUCCACGGAUGGAGAAUCUUUGUAGACUCAUCUCCCUUAUUUUGCUAAUAAAAACCAUUUACAAACCA